GACAGAGGAUGUCCAUGCUUUAAUCCCGUCAGUGCUGUGUCCUCACUCACUGCAGACAGACACAAAGUGCUAGCUGAUAAGGAUUUUUCAUGGCUGCAGUCUCUCAGUGUGGACACUUUGUACUUUUUGUUAUAUUGUUUAAUUUUCUGACAUUAUCACUUGCCACUCAAGAUGAUCUUGUAAUCAAUACUACCAAUGGGAAAAUUCGAGGGAAAUUGGUUUCUGUGCUGGGUGCCGAUGUUAGAGCAUUUCUUGGAAUUCCUUAUGGAAAACCACCUGUUGGGAAAUUAAGAUUCAGAGCUCCAGAGCCAGUAGAGAGAUGGGAUGCUGUGAAGGAUGCGAUCCAGUUUCCAAAUUCCUGCUACCAGAUGCCUGAUACAACCUUUCCUGGGUUCAAGGGUAUAGAGAUGUGGAACCCAAACACUCCUCUGAGUGAAGACUGUCUGUACCUAAAUGUCUGGUCGCCACGUUUCAACAAGACCCAGCCCUCACCAGCUGCCCCUGUCCUUGUCUGGAUUCAUGGCGGUGGGUUUACCUCAGGAACAUCAUCCCUGGACAUUUACGAUGGGUGCUUCCUGAGUAAAUCUGAAGGUGUUGUUGUGGUAUCAAUGAAUUACAGAGUGGGAGCCUUUGGUUUCCUGUCUCUUCCUGACAACACAAAUAUCCGGGGCAAUGCAGGCCUUUUGGACCAGCGUUUGGCUCUUAAAUGGGUAGCAAAUAAUAUUGCAGCUUUUGGAGGUGAUCCUUCAAAGGUGACUCUGUUCGGAGAGAGUGCUGGCUCUGCAUCUGUUGGUUUCCAUCUGCUCUCACCCGGCAGCCAGGAUCUUUUUCAAAGGGCUGUGAUGCAGAGUGGCUCUCCUAAUGCACCCUGGGCCACAGUCAGUCAAACUGAAGCAUGGGACAGGUCUCUUAUACUGGCAAGAUUAUUGGAGUGUCCUACAUCUGAUCCAGUUCGUCUAGAAGCUUGUCUGCAGCAGGCUGAUGUGAAAAAAAUCGCAAUGAAGCAAUUUGAUGUUCUCAAGCAGCCAUUACUAUUGGCCAUUCCCUUUAUCCCUCAUGUUGACGGGGCAUUCCUACCAGAUGAUGUUGAAGUGCUUCUAAGUACUGGUAACUUUCCAAAGAAAGAUGUGAUGAUUGGAUUAAACAAGGAUGAAGGGACCUACUUUGUUGUUUGUGGAGUGUCUGGAUUUAAUAUCAGUGGUCAGAGUCUCAUCACUAGGAAUGAAUUCCUAGCAGGAGUGGGGCUUGCAAUGGACAAAGCGAGUGAUGUCACAAGAGAAGCAGCCAUUUUCCAUUACACGGAUUGGACAGAUCAGAACAAUGGGAUGAAAAACCGUGACUCAUUGAGUAGUCUGGUUGGAGAUCAAGACUUCAUUUGUCCAGUACUACAGUUCGCUCACAGGCUCUCUCAGCAUGGUGGAAAGCCUUUCGUAUAUUUAUUUGAUCACCGCUCAUCAGUCAAUCCUUGGCCAGAGUGGAUGGGCGCUAUGCAUGGCUAUGAGAUAGAAUUUGUAUUCGGAGUGCCUCUGAAUGUAUCUCUGGGAUACACAAAGCAGGAAGUUAAUAUGACCAAGAAGUUUAUGAAACACUGGGCCAACUUUGCUCGAACAGGAAAUCCAGGCCUUGAAGGAGCUAAGUGGCCUAUGUUUACUAUUGAACAGCAGAAGUAUGUUACACUGAACUACAACCAUCCAGAAGAAAAGAUGAUGAUGAGAGCUAAAGAAUGUCAGCUCUGGAACGAAUUUAUCCCAAAAGUACAAAAUGUGUCAGAUAAGCUGGUGUCUUGUUCUAAUACAAGUGGGAUUAUACUCCGCUGUAAUUACUUCUUACUGCUCAUUUUAUUGGUUAUACCUUUAACCUACUGACGGACUGAAGAUUCCUGCAUUCUACAAAGGCGCCCUAUUUAUGUAAAAUUAUCAGACAGAAAGGAGAUGCAAAAUUAAAUUGAAUUGAAUCUUUCUAUGUCUAAAUUUAACUUCAGUCUUCAGUAUUCGCUAUGAUAGGGAGCACAUUAUUAAUCAGGUUGACAUACACAGAUGCAGCUUAUGUCUGUGCCUCAGUCUUCUGUGCCAAGACACUGCACCACUAAUGUUUUGUUUAUUGUUAAUCCACCUGCACAUAACAUGCUAUAAAUAACGUAAAAAUAUUCACAAGGAUAGUUUGCAUGUCAGGCCUGGAUUACUCUCUGAGUUACACCCAGUAGCAUGCCUAAUUCAAUUCUAAUUCAUGCCUAAUUCAAGUUGUUUAAUACUUACAGAUAGAUUUGCUUUUUCUAAAGCAAUAGAAACACAGUCAUUAUAAUAUUAAUGGUUCUUUUUCAUUUUCACUGUAUUUGACUCAACAUGUAUUCCUGUUUUAAUUAUGCAACAUUUUUCUUGUUUACUGUUUCUUAUUAGAACCACUGUCUGCAUGUAUUGUUGUAUUUACCUCAAGAGAGGCAGUGACCCCUCAGUAGCUUAAUUAUGUUAAUAAAGGUUGCAUCAUUAUGAAAGAAACAUUCCCAAGAUUUCUGACAUGUAACAUUUCACAUAAAAAUGUAUGUAUUG